CAUGUCGUCAAACGAGGAGAUGGUGUCCGGCGGUGGGGGCCCCUCGGUUCAGAUGAUCAUCCUGAUGUUCAUGCUGUCCGUCUUCUCGGUGGUGGGCUCUAUCGGAAAUGGAAUGGUCAUCUUCGUCUUCCAGGUGCUGCACUAUUCCUUGUUAAUUUUUGUUUGAAAUAAGGCAGUUGGCGAAUAACUUAUACCGGGGCAGUGACCAAUAUGUUAUCAUUGUUCAACACGUUAAAUUAUCAGCAUUACGGCAACAUUUGCAUCUGCCUUGUAAGUCGGUUGGCGGAUUUAAGUAAAAUAAAUCGCCCUUUAAAAAAUAAAAGGGAACUCAUAAUAUUUAUAGUUGCAGGUAAAGAACCUUAUAAGGGAUUCAUACCUGAAUUUUGCUAUUUUAAAAGUAUACAAUUUUUAAGUAUUUUGGUCAAGACAAGUUUCCAAGUCCAAAGUAUUUUUUUUAUGCACUUAUAAAGCUUGAAGAUUGUCCAAAUAUUUUUUUUUUUUUAAAGUCAAAUCUAACUAAUUUCCAUUACGUUUUUCAUUAUUACGACACCCGUAAUUAACCCCCCCCCCAAGUGACGUCAUGUAAUAACCUCGAAGCCGCUCUCUCAUGUCGUCGUCCUCAUUUUAUUGUUUUUUUUUCCUGUAUGUGAUUGAAAUAGGGGAUCAGAUUCAAGAUUUGACUUAAUGCUGUAGUUUUAGACAUUUUAACAAUUUUUACAUUUCAUUUUGACAUGUCUGAAUACCUCGUAGCUAGAAAUCUGAGAGAAAAUCUUUGACAUCUGAGUGAAAGAUUGAAAAAAAACACUAGCUGGGUGGCAAAAUCUUCGGACGGCUAAUUGACCCACUUCACGAAAACCUAUUGAGCUGAAACUUGGAACGUAGACUCGUUUCGGAUGAACAAACAUUACAUCAAAUUUCCAUCCCCAAUCCUAGCCCCUAAAAAUCAGGUGUUUUUUUUUAUCUGUUUAAGUGGAGGAUAAAGGAGAGGAUGACCAGGAAAUAAGAUCCCAAACAUUACGCUAAAUGAGAUUUUUUCCCAGAAAAAUAUCGCAACUGCGUCUGGUGCUAGGGGGGGGGGGGUUCUGAAAAAGAUUGUGAAAUAAAUCUGCGGUGUAAAUGUGGGUGUGUCCUUAGAAUAUUAAUAUAGUUCAGGGGCGCGAACAAAAUGUGCGGUUGCCAGCCGGGGGGGGAGGGGGUUGAACACUAUAGUGAUUCUCAUAAAAUGUGUUCCAUGUUUUGUCAAAUUUUCAGCCCCUCCCCUGCCCAUCCCCACCCCAUAGCUCAAUGUUAAAUUUUAUGAAGGAUUUAUAGGAAAAUUUUAAUUUUANCUUUUUACAACAAUCCAAAAAUUUAAUCCCCCCCAUUCCCCCCCCCCCCACCCCCACUUUUUUUUCCUCAUAGCGCAUCCGAGACAAGACCACGGCCCAGGUGUUCAUUAUCACAAUGGCGGUCAUCGACCUCUUCACCUGCAUGGUCAUCAUCCCGUUCACCAUGGUGGUCGAGUACAUCGAGUUCAACCUCAAGUACGACUUCUUCUGCAAGCUCUACCACUUCCUCAUCACCUCCAAGGUGCCGAUGUCCGCCUUCAUCAUGGUCGCCAUCGCCUUCGAUCGCUACUUCUGCAUCUGCCACCCGCUCAAGCGGAUCGUCACGCUCAGGAGGGUCAAGCUGACCCUGUUCCUCCUGACCCUGCUCGCGUGCACCCUCGGCGUCAUCACGUCCUUGUUUUACAGCGUCUACCAGAUCAUAGAGCGGAUCGACUCGGCGCGGAUCGACCAGGUCCUGGGGACCAACUUCACGCAGUCCAUCGCCAAACUGGACAAGUUCAUCCGCGUCCGCAAGGUGAACGAUAACGAUGCGGAGGAGGAAAAGAUCGUUGGGCGCGGCGGGGAGUUUUACCACGGCGAGAAGGAGAAGAUGAUGAGGGCGCUGCACAAGCAUAACGUGACCUUCGAGGAUGUCGGCAACAACUCGUACCCCAUUACCUCGGAGGUUUUUUACUUGGGGAUCUGCGACCCUUCCGCCGUGACCAUCGGUCCCAGGUUCCUGGCGGCCUACAGGCCGAUACACACAGCGGUAUGGCCCACGUGUCUCGUCACGGUCGUCGUCCUGUACCUGAUGAUCUACCGGUUCAUGUGUCUGAGACGCUCGAAAAAGCUCCAGCAGAAGCUCAUCAUGUGCUCGUAUGUCAAUGGGGACGGCACGUAUGAAAACACGCGGCUGGUCAGCGGCGAGGUGGACGAGACGCGAAGGAACACCAAAAACAAGACCAUCUCGGCUUCUUCCCUCCCCAGCGCGUUCCCCACCUCGGUCUCCGCCUACGAGCUGGGGUCGAAUUCGAUGGUGAUGCGGAUCACGUCGUCGUGCAACACCUCCGAGCUGCACCUCAACGGCGACGCCAAGCACGAGCCUGGCAAACACGGGCAUAACCUGCUCGUGGACAACCCGCCUCGGGGCAAACUCUCGUUCAGCGCACCGCCGACCACAACCUCGGCCGUCUCGCCCACGGAGCACGACGACAACACGCCCAUCCUGAACAACUUUUACGUCAACAGCAACAACAACAACUCAAACGGCCAGGGAAACGGCGGGCGGAGGCACAGCCACCUCCCCGAGCAGAAAUACCACUGGCACAAGAACCGCGAUUCCAUGAAGCGCUACAAGGGCAAAUCGAAGAGGCGCAAGUCCCAGCACAGCUACGAGGCGGACCGGUUGCGAGAUGAGAACCGCUCCGCCAAUGUCCGAACGGCUCUCAUGCUGUUCACGGUGACCAUUGUGUUCGUGGUGGCCUUCGUGCCUUCCGGGCUGAUGCUCGUGGGGAUUAUCUCGCGUAAUAAAAUUCUGUUUUACAUUUACUUCAUCUACAACGUGGCGAACCCGUUCAUCUACGCGUUCAUGAACCACAUCUUCAAGGAUUACAUGCGGAAGAUGUUC